GUCUGUUUCCGGGUCAGUGAGGGCCAACAAUGGCGGCCUGUGGGAGUGAAGCCCGGGUCGGGGAUGUAGAAGAGGACGCUUCCCAGCUGGUGUUUCCAAAAGAGUUUGAAAGCUCCGAGACCCUGUUGAACUCUGAGGUCCACAUGCUGCUAGAACAUAGAAAGCAGCAGAAUGAGAGUGCGGAGGACGAACAGGAGCUCUCUGAAGUCUUCAUGAAAACGUUAAACUACACAGCCAGAUUCAGCCGCUUCAAAAACAGGGAGACCAUCGCCAGUGUCAGGAGUCUGUUGUUACAGAAGAAAUUGCACAAAUUUGAGCUGGCCAGUCUGGCCAAUCUGUGUCCUGAAACAGCUGAGGAGGCCAAAGCUCUCAUUCCCAGCUUAGAAGGUCGAUUUGAGGAUGAGGAGCUCCAGCAGAUCCUUGAUGAUAUUCAGACCAAGCGAAGCUUUCAGUAUUAGCACCAGCUUCUUUUACACCUCAGCUCUUCCUGAUGCUCACCCACUGAACAUUGGUGCUGGUGCUUCCCGCUGCUAAGAAUUAUCUGUACAAAGAGUGAAGGUGAAGAGGCAUUGGGCUGAAGCUCAACCAGGCUAGUGACAUCACAUAACCUGAGGAUGUGAUGAGAAACCUUUGGAUUAGUUCUAGAUCCAGAUUCAAUCAGCAGCAUAUUCCAUGAGGCCCAGACUGUAAAUAUACUCUGGAAUCGCCAGAAGGGAAAAAAUAAUCUUUUUUCAUUCAGAUGUCCAGAUGCUAGAUAUUUUGUAUGUCAAAUUUUUCUUCAUUUUUGACACACAAAUCCUGUGACUAAUGCUCUUAGGACAUUAUCUCCUUAUUGUUUUAUUAAAGUGAGGAUGCAAGUCA